CAGGCAAGGAGCAUUCCAUCAUUAAAAAACUAAAAAAACGUUUGGUAUCAAAUUUCAUAAAGACAAAAAAGGUAUCAAACGACAACGUUCUAAUGUGUCAUGACGCUCCUCCUCCUUCCAAAAUCUUAAAUUAAAACACAAUUUCCCUCCCUUUCCCAGGCGAAUCUCAUCUUCGGUCGCCGGCGAAAGACCACCCUACCCCCCGACGCCGCUCACGCCCACUGUUUAGGUGCCUGUAACCAUGAUCCUCAAAGAUUCUCUUACAUAACAAACAUCCUCAGUCUUUUCCUCCAGGCUCCACGAAACUACCACGUCCAUACCUACCGAGAAAUCAACCACCAUUGCCGCCACAUUUCCAACUCUUUUCGACAAAAACCUCCCACGAUAUCUACAUCGGCACUAGGUUCGUGCCUUCGCUUGAGAGGUCCAAGGCGAGACGCUUCUCUCACCAAAUCGCUUAAACUCAGCGGAACACGUUCAUCCAUUCCCAACUGCUGGUGGGAUUCCAUUGCUGGUCCCGUUCACAAAAUCCAAAUUUCAGAAAGAUGCCGUAGUUGUUCCUCUAGUUAGCAUUCUGUGCAAGUUGAAACAAUUUGAGAGUUGCAUUUGCAGAGUGUAAUAGAAAAUGGCAACAGAGUCAUCAGAGGGAGAAGAAGAAGGGAAGAUUACAGGAGGGAAUCAGCACUUGAUUGUAGAUGAUGACCUCAGAGAAAUGGGCAAAAAGGCUGCUUGGAGUGUCAGCUCUUGCAAACCUGGCAAUGGUGUCUCCUCUCUGCGAGAUGACAACCUUGAUUCCUUUUGGCAAUCUGAUGGUGCGCAGCCUCAUUUGGUGAACAUUCAAUUUCAGAAGAAAGUAAAGUUGCAAUUGGUUGUACUUUAUGUGGAUUUCAAGCUUGAUGAGAGCUAUACCCCCAGUAAGAUAUCAAUUUGUGCUGGCGAUGGAUUUCACAACUUGAAGGAGAUCAAGACUGUGGAACUUGUCAAGCCUACUGGCUGGGUAUAUCUAUCCUUAUCUGGAACUGAUCCUAGGGAAACUUUUGUCAGUACAUUUAUGCUGCAAAUAGCUGUUCUGUCAAAUCAUCUUAAUGGAAGGGAUACUCAUAUACGUCAGAUCAAAGUUUAUGGGCCUCGACCGAAUCCUAUACCCCAUCAGCCUUUUCAGUUCACUUCGAGAGAGUUUAUUACGUACUCAUCUGUGAGAUGAGAAAUGUGAUAGCAGGAAAACAGAGAAGCGGAACUAUCGGUGAACUGUGUGACAAAUGGAGCUGAAAGUAACCUACCAUCCAGAAAGCAUGCGUUUUGGACAUCUGGAAUCUAUUACGUUCUGCAAUUACCAAUGAAAAAAGAUACUCGGAUUGAGUUGAUGCUACUUAUUAUUGUAUGGUACCUUUCUCUAGUUUUAAUGGCUUUUAUAUCAGAUACAUUCUAAUUGUGUACAACUUUAGUGUUUUCUCUACUCCAGUAUCCUUUUUCCCCCUCU